GCAUAAAGCCCAGCGCGAGGCUCCAGCAGCGUCAUAUGAAGUUGAGAAGUAGGUUGAGGAGCAGCGGGAGCGGCACGGAGGGCGCGCAGCCUCCUCUCACCGCACUGAUGGGAUUAAAAACGGACGGAGAGAUGGAGAGAGAGAUCGAGGCUUUCCUGGGCGGCUGUUUUCUCCGGGGUGCCCCGGCGGCUCUUUUACGCGCGGCUGAACGGUAAAGAGGGGCGGGCGACCAUGGGAUACAAGCGUGCUCCGGUUCGCGUCUCGGCUCCGCGUGCGCCCGCUGUGGAGUACUCCUGACCACACGCGGAAGGACGCCGAGGAGACGCGCGCGGACACUUUCCGCCUUCUAUCCACUUUUCCGCUGAUGCUCGUGCGCUUCGCCGAGAGCGCGGGACUCGUUCCGCGCCCCGCGAGGGCGAGAUGACACGCAAGAGGCGCCGCGCGCAGAGCGAGCACUGCUUCUAGAACAGGAGAAAGAAAGAAAGAAUAAAGAAAGGGAAGAAAAAACAGCUCUUUCUCGCUAUGGAGCUGAAAGCGACCGCGGUGGUGUACGGAGAGCCCCUCAACAUCACAUCCAACCACACCGUCUCCAACCAAACGCGCGCGCACGGCGACGCGAGCGGAGGGGCUGCUCCCGCGCUCGUGCAGGCGACCGUGGCCACGCUGCUCUCCCUGCUCACGUGCGCCACGGCGCUCUCCAACGCCUUCGUGGUGGCGACCAUCGCGCGCUCGCGCAAGCUACACACGCCGGCUAACGUGCUGAUAGGCUCACUGGCCUUCACCGACCUGCUGGUGUCCGUGCUGGUCAUGCCGGUGAGCAUCGUGUACACCGUACGGCGCGUGUGGACGCUCGGUCGCGUGAUCUGCGACCUGUGGCUCUCGUCGGAUGUCACGUGCUGCACGGCGUCCAUCCUGCACCUGUGCGUAAUCGCGCUGGACCGUUACUGGGCCAUCACGGACGCAGUGGGCUACUCCAAGCGCCGUACCACCCAGCGUGCCGCCGCCAUGAUCGCCGCCGCCUGGGUCAUCGCCGUGUCCAUCUCGCUGCCGCCCUUCUUCUGGCAGCAGGUGCGCACCGAAGAUGAGAUGACCAGCUGCACCGUCAACACGGAUCAUGUCUUCUACACCAUCUACUCCACAUUUGGCGCCUUCUACAUCCCCACGCUGCUGCUCAUCGCGCUCUACGGGCGCAUCUACGCCGAGGCCCGCAAGCGCAUCCUCAAACAGUCGCCCAAGCGAGUGGGCAAGCGGCUCACUUCGGCGCGCCUCAUCAGUGACUCGCCAGGGUCAGUGGCAUCCACCACCUCACUUAACUACGGCACGCAUGAGACGUCCACGUCCGAUGCCACCGUGGCCGCCUCCGCCGUGGCCAACCACCAGGUGAAAGUGACCGUGUCCGACGCCCUGCUGGAGAAAAAGAGGAUCUCUGCAGCCCGCGAGAGGAAGGCCACUAAGACUCUGGGUGUGAUCCUGGGCGCCUAUAUCAUGUGCUGGCUGCCCUUCUUCAUCUACACACUGCUGGUGCCCAUCUGCACCACCUGUACCUUCUACCCGGAGCUGUUUGAUGUCUUCACCUGGCUGGGCUACCUGAACUCGCUCAUCAACCCUAUCAUCUACACCAUGUCCAAUGAAGACUUCAAGCAGGCCUUCCACAAGCUCAUCCGCUUUAACUGCUUCCGGUCUUGAGGUAUCCAGCCAAGAACAGAUGGAUAAGAUGGAUAAGAUGCCAGAAGGUCAGUGGCAAAAUAUGGAUAAAAAUGCCUGUAAGGAGGCUCAGGUUAGUCUGAAAGCUUCCUAUUUUUUGGAGAAAAGAAAAGUGAACAGAAGUGAGUUUAAGCUUCUGGUCAUGUCAAAGCAAUGUCCAUUUAGAGUGGAAGUUAUUAAUGGAGUUGACCUACACAAGAUUCUGGCCAGGUGGAACCAUUUUGAGAGGAGGAAUGGCCAGAUUUUGUACAAGAAUAGAUCUUGUUGGAGACUACAGUAGAUAUAGGAGCCCCAUCACGAACUUGAGCGACAUCCAUGUGCCAGGGUGUGGAAUACUAAUCAACAAAACUUAAAGAGGUGUAUGAGCUUGACCUAUAUGUCCAGAUGUAUCAUCUGUCCAGUUGUUACCAUUUUUGGAUGAGGAAUGGUCAGAAGUGGAAAAACUGACAUUGGAGACAGUGCUGACCAUGGGGACCCAUUAGAAACCUAAGCAACAUCCACCUGUUGUGGUACUCAAUCUAACUCGAUAAGAUUAGGCGGUCUGAUAUGUCCCAGCAUGUAUGGACUGGGCUGAGUCUGAUUAAGAGCACAAAGGCCCAACAAUAAGGGCCUAUAAAGUCUAUCAAAGAGGCUUCAGAGGAUGCCUGAUGUUCAUUUUGUCUGCUCAUAUCCAAGAACCCAGGUGGGAUUUCCCCAUUGAAAGAAACCUGAAAUCGCCUUCAGUUGUAAUGUGCAGAUGAAUGGUGGGCAAAUCUGGGUGGUGAGGCAUUCUACCAGUUCAUUCUAAUGAUUGUAAUGAAAAAAAGCCAGUAAGGCCUGCGGUAUCUGUGUGUGUGUGUGUGUGUGUGUAUGUGAGGUUGUGUGUGUAUAUGUGAGGGUGUGUGUGUGUGAGGGUGUGCGCGAGAAAGUGAGAGACUGCUGUGUGUGUGUGUGUGUGUGUGUGUGUGUGUGCAUACAUCGUGUGAAGAUUUUCUUACACAUCACAGUGUACGUAAUUUUUUGAAUGUCUGUUCAUAUGGAUUUAAUGUCUGUUUUAAUUUAUACUUUUUUUUUUUUUCUUUUCUUUUUUUCAAGCUUGUGAGUCGCUUUUCUUAACACAUCUUGUCUAAAACACCACCAGGCCUGGCGGUGUUGUCAUUCUAACAGCUGAUGGGUCAGACGGGCCAAAAACACAAGUGACAAGUGUGCAAAUGAACUGCGGUCACUUGCAAUGUAGAGCACAAUUUGACUUGUCUGAUAAAAAUCAGAUCAAGCUGAUUAACAAUGCAACACACUUCCGGCACAGUAAGGCCUCAGCACGGCCUGUACUGGAAAGAGGUCAUUUCAUGAGAGCUACUGCUGUACUAUAAGCUUCUGUGCAUUUAAGCAAUGUCCUGUAACUACCUUGGCAAUGUGGGCUAAAUUCCAAUCUAAUGGAAAUCUAAAGAGCUGCUGCUAUUACAAAAACAUGAAAAAAGAAUAAGAAUAAAAAAUGUCACCGAC